AUGGUGAGCUCAAAGGACCCGUUUGAGGCCCUCAGAAAGAAGAUUUCAGACGCUUAUGAGUCUGGUAAGUCCCUGGAUGAAGACUGUACGUUGGAGGAGGAAGAUGAUGGAUUGGUAGAAGAAGAGGAGGAAAUUGAUCAGUUUAAUGAUGACACCUUUGGAGCAGGAGCUAUCGAUGAUGACUGGCAAGAGGAACAUAAACGCCUUGCUGAACUUGAUGAGCGAGAUGAGCUUGGAGUGGGGGUGAAGGAUGAAUCAAAUUUAGGUGUUGCUGAAGAUUCAUCAUCCACCUAUGCCACAUCUGUUGCUGGCCAUCUUCCCUUAUACACAGCCCUCCCAUUAGCCCACCACUCAUCUUCUUCCGGAACACAUCAAACAGAUGUGGAAGAUGGAAGAAGGGAAGGUGAUUUGGCUGAGUCGCUGGCAAGACUUGUCCUGGAAGCUGACCCGGCUAUCGCUGGAGUUGGGGCAGCAGAAUUGCCUGCUUUUCCCCUAAACCAACGGUUGGGACAUGACUCAAGGUCCAGAGUCCUGCAUCAACCUUCGCCCAUUUCACAUUCACCUCGACCUCACCAGCUGCACCAUCAGAACCAACGGCCUCCUGGGCCCUCCACUUCAGGCCAUCCUUCCCCAUCAAUGCUCACCUACCAACAGCAGCAGCAUUUGCUUCGCUCUGUCCCUAGUACCAUUGGCCAGAUGAAUACGCGGAAUAUCUGGGAGAACAGUAUGGGUUUUGGACCAGUCAGUGUUACCCCUGGAUUAGUGACACACAUGGAGGAUAGUCCAUUAAUGUCAAUAAUAAAGGAGGUAGGGCUUCCGAAACGUCCGUCUCCGGGGAUGAAUGAUGAAGGACGGGAUUUGUCAGAAAGGGUUCCACCGCCACGCGCUUCUUCUCCUGUUAUUGGUUCACCUCCAGUCAGAGCAGUGCCUAUUGGUACUCCGCCAAAACAACCAAUGGGUCACUCCUUAAAUCAUCAGAUUCAUCACCCCACAGCGGUUCAUGUAAGAGCUCCGAUCCAGCACAGAUACCCUCCUCCUUUCCCUGAACGUUUGUCACCAAACACGCUGCUGAAUUUCACUAACUCGCCACUCUGUCGUGGACCAUUUCCUCCAGGCGUAGGUCCAGUGCUGUCACAGAUUCAACGGGCCCAGCUUCUCAACUCUCAGGUGGCCGGAGUUCCCCGUGGUGGUCCAGUCCCACCUUUGUUACCAGCCGGUGGUGGUUUCAGACCAUUUUUCAGCGGCCCACACCCUGCACACGGCCAUCGAAUGGGUCCUCCGCAUCCUCAUGGCCACCCCAAUCACAUGCCACCCAUUAGGCACAAUGCCACUCACCUUCAUCCUCAACACCGUCGCAUACUUACGCAACGUAUGCAAAACAGGGGCGGGGAUAGAAGCAGAACUGGAGGGGACUGGCGUAGCAGGGACCCGUACAGUAACCUGAUGACUCAGAAAGAGAAGGAAUGGGUCACUAAGAUCCAAAUGAUGCAACUUCAAAGUACUGACCCUUUCCUGGAUGACUACUACUAUCAGCACUACUAUGAAAAGAUGGAGAAACGUCAGGAGAAAGAGAGAGACAGCAGCAAAAAAGAACACACUACCAAGCUCAUCACUCCACAAGUCGCCAAGAUUGAACACACCUACAGACCAGUUCAGUUUGCAGGGUCUCUGGGUAAGCUGACGGUUUCAAGUGUCAACAAUCCACGUAAAAUGAUUGAUGCAGUAGUGACGACGCGCUCAGAUGACGAGGAAAAAAGGGAAAAGCAAGUUUGGAAUAAGAGACGACAGAUUCUGUACACUGUGGAAAAGAUCUACAGUUUGCUGCUCGAGGUUCAAGACUUUGAGAAACGAUUUGUCCAUGCACCGGAGGAGGACAGGGAGGCUUUACUGGAGCAGCACAAAAACAAUACCUUGCAGCUCUGUAACUCUCUACAAGAAAAGGAGUGGGAUGAUAGAGUGAGUGAUGAGCGGUGUGUCAUGAUCAUGUCGGUGAGGAAAGGCAAGCGGCUGAUUUCCAGGCUCCUCCCCUACUUGCCUACCUCACAGGCUGCCGCCGUUGUUAUGGCAAUAGCACGCAACCUUCCGACCCUGGCCAAGAAGGACAAACAGGACCAGGUGCUGAGCUGGUUAUUGGAGCCAGUCUCUACGGUGAUCAUGUCCAUGUCGAGCGCCGCCCUCACAGACUUGCUCCAGGAGCUUCAGGGCAGCGAGGGUCAACUCGCCGCAGUAAUGCAAAACAAGUUUGGUGUGACACUGCUCUAUCUGAUAUUGAGUGAAGGAGAGAGGAUGCAAAGCUCCGACCCUAACUGUCAGCUCAUGGAUGACAAUCGAUGGACAGAACUGGUGUUCUCUGUGGCCAGGGAGUUGCUCAGCAUUCCGUCUUCAUCCUUGUCUUCUCCUCUCUUCACACCUACCAACCUGCUCACCCUCUUUUCACGCUUUAUUGACCGCCAGCGUUUGGACUUGUUACAGGAAAAGUUAAAGUAA